UUUCCGAUGCUGAGCAUUAUAUAUCAAUACCAGUAUACUCUAACAUAUUGACUUUGCGUAUAACUAAUCAUAACCAAAGACUAAUCAUAACCUCACAGCUGAAGCAUCUCUACAACCAAGCAAACCAAAGGUGAAUCUUGUUCAGAGUCGGUACACUUUGCCAUUCUGCUCACAUUGGCACCUAUACAGUUUUUGCUUGUGUAAUAAAUCUGAAUAAGCCAAAACGGUGUUAUUGUUUACUACUCUCUACUUUUUCUAUAACGUUUGUUUGCUAUCAUUCUUACAAAGAAAAUCAUCAUAGCUGAUGAGUAUACGCUGGAAAGAAGAGGCCGAAUCCUGAGACAGUGAAAAAACUACGUCGUAUCAGCAAAUAAACAGAAGAAAACUUUGACCAAAAAAACUCAUUCGAAAGAGCUGCAUUGUCUAAUAAAAGUGUCAACAAAAAUAGUUGCAAUGGAGUUCUUAGUUUCUGAAAUCCAUGACGAUUACGUGAAAUAUUACUCGAACCGAUUUGCAUCCACUUUUUCAAUAGCAUUUAUCGAGAAACAUCAAAUGGCUAUAAUGCUGUUGAGCUAUGCUUCGCUUUGUUACUGGGGAUUUAGCCUGGCCAAACAAAACGCGAAGCCGAUUGUCCAAGAGGGAAAGUGGAUUUUGAGAGUAUACAACAUUUUCCAGGUUAUUUUCUCCGGCUACAUCGCAUAUCUGGCGGCCUCUACUUACCUCCUAACCUUAGUGAAAACUGGAGAUAUGUGUCAAAGAAUGGACCUCGACACAGAAAAAGACGACAAAUGGUACAUUGAUCGGCAAACAUACACUUGCUACCUAUUCUACAUUAGCAAACUAGUCGACAUUUUUGACACCAUCUUCAUCAUCAUUCGUGGAAAGUGGCGCCAGUUGACCUUUCUUCACGUGUUCCAUCACACAUCCGUUAUCUUCCUCGGCUGGAUGGCGAUCUAUUAUCACCCUUGUGGGUUCUAUCAUAUCUCGAUCCAACUCAACGCACCAAUGCACUUCUUCAUGUACUUCUACUAUUUUCUCUCAUCUUUCCCCGAACUGGCCCCCCAUUUAUGGUGGAAAAAGUACAUCACAACUCUUCAGCUCAUCCAGUUCAUAGUGGGGUCGGCGAUGGCAGUGUUCUGCUUUGUGAAACGUCUGCUAGUUGGCGAGUCCACGGGACUCAGUCUUAUCUACACGUUCUCCGUUAUCUUCUACGGAAUCACGCUUCUGUUUCUGUUCACGGGGUUCUACAAUUCGGCCUACAAGAAGAAAGAUGAAAAGAAAGAAAAAUCCAAAUAGGUCAAAAGCACACAAUCUUCAUUUAUUUACAACUUUAACAGCAGAUUUCGACAUGAUUAAAUGCCAUCUGUCACUAAGUUUAACUAACCAAUUUUACUUCAAUGUAAUGAAACCUGUAUCUUAAUAACAAAUCAGAUUCCAUGUAUGAUGCACUGGUUUGAACUAACUCAGGAAUUAACAAAUACUUGCAACAUCCUUAA